UCCGCACUGCUCAUUCUGGUCCGCUUAUUUCUGGUCGAGAUUUCGCUCGCGUCUGACGAGAUUUUGGUUCGACAUACUCUGGUGCGUACAGCCGCAAUACCAAUUCGACUUCGGGAGUUGUUGUACACCUGUGCUUCUUGACCGUAUACCUUACGACGGAACGGAGAAGAAUAUCCGACAUCGGGCAAAGUUUUUUUUAUCGUUCAGUGGAUUUAUUGCGUAUUUGGGAAGAUGUCUAAAGACGUGAAAGCUGGUGGUGAGAGCAUACUUGGAUUCUCAGAGUUAACAGAAAAUAAGAUGCUAUGGCGUAUGCUGGUAGCUGAAUUGAUUGGAACAUUACUUUUAGUCUUUAUUGGAUGUGGUUCUAUUCUCACUUUGAAUGGUGGUGACAUCAAUUAUGUACAGAUUGGUCUAACAUUUGGAUUGACGAUUGCAACAAUUGUUCAGACAAUUUGCCAUAUAAGCGGAGGGCAUUUGAAUCCAGCAGUUACUCUUAGUUUCUUUGUAACUGGAGAGGUGAAGUUGAUCAAAGCCAUUCUCUACAUUCUGGUUCAAUGUAUAGGAGCAGUUUGUGGAGCAGCUAUAUUGAGGGCAAUAACUCCAGCAGAUAAACUAGGCAACCUUGGUAUCACAAACAUAAAUCCAAGCCUGGAUCCAAUGCAAGGCUUCAUUGUUGAAGCCAUACUUACAUUCUUGCUCCUCAUCGUCAUUCAUGGUGUCUGUGACACAAGAAGGAAGGACGUCAAAGGUUCCGCUCCUUUGGCCAUUGGUGUGGCCAUCGUUGCUUGUCAUUUAGCAGGUAUCCAAUAUACAGGAUCAAGUUUAAAUCCAGCUAGAAGUUUUGGUCCAGCAGUGAUUAUGAAUUUGUGGGCAAACCACUGGAUUUACUGGGCAGGACCAAUCGUAGGCGCUGUAGUGGCAGCACUUAUCUACAAAUACAUCUUCAAGUACAGAAAAGGAGAGAGCGAUUCGUAUGAUUUCUAGAACUGAUUCAAGUAUUAUUUAUCGUGACAUACAUCUAUACAUCUCAUUUUUGGAGUUUUUACCAUUAUCUCAUCUAUUUAACCGUAGUGAAAAGUAACAUAUUGUACAAAUUUAACGUAUUAUAAACAAUUUAUUAUAGUUAUCUUUAGUAUUUAGUUGUACAUGUUUAUAAUUCUCAUGUCAUUGAAUAAAAAUUAUCUUUUAUUCAUACUCAA